AUGGCCUCAUCUCCUCGACUCCUCACUUCGACCAGGACCCCAUCAUCACCCGGAUUCGACUUCCAAAGGAUGGCAAACAGAGCAACUCCACCGCCGUCCCUAAAUGGGGUCCCUAUCCCGCAUUUAGGGACCGGAGACCAAAAAUCAACUCCCACCGCGGUCCCCAUCCACGGACCCGAAUAUACGGACUGCGAUGGAGAUGCUCUUAAGGCCCAGCUUGACAGUCAUAUGGUGUUGCAAGCGGGUCUGGGAACAGGCCCCAGUCCCGCGUGUCCUUGCGCCACCGAGGCCUGGGCCAGCGCCCAGGGGGCUUGA